UUCGAAUCAGUGUUUCCGUCCGGAACAUAUUCUCUGAACACAAAGUGCGCGAUGUACGACGUUCUCUUUGCUAUUCUCUAAACCAGUUGCUCCAACUUGUGAACGUAUUCCCUGUUUAGGAGAGGGUGCUUUACGUAUUUGACGUAGUUGCGCUUUUACCUUGCAAUUAUGGAAGGAGAUGCGGAGAGCAGGAGCAGGUUGCGGACUCGGGCUUUCCUUGACGGCUUGUCGCUUAUGAAGCAAGGUGCCGAGGCCAGGGUGUACCGGGGGCGGUUUCUAGGGAAGGCUGCGGUGGUGAAGGAAAGGUUCCCUAAGGCCUACAGGCACCCGGCUCUGGAUGGAAAGCUGACCCACAGGCGGACCGCUCAGGAGGUGCGCUCCAUAGUGAGAUGUAGGAAAGCAGGGAUUUCGGCGCCGGUGGUUUAUUUUGUUGACUAUGUUACCAACUGCAUUUACCUUGAAGACAUUGAGGAAUCCACUACAGUGCGAGACCAUAUAAUAUCAAUGCAGCAGUGUGGCAAGGAGGCUAGUAACCUGUGUGCGUUGGCAGAUAAGAUCGGGCAGGUGUUGGCACGAAUGCACGAUGAGGACGUUAUCCACGGAGACCUCACCACCUCCAACAUGCUCCUGCGCCCCCCGUGUGAUGAUCAUAACCUGGUUCUCAUUGAUUUUGGCCUCAGUUUCAUCUCUGCUCUUCCAGAAGAUAAGGGGGUGGAUCUGUACGUGCUGGAGAAGGCCUUCCUCAGCACCCACCCCAACACCGAGGAGAUCUUCAGGGCCCUGUUACAGAGCUACUCCUCUAACUCCAAAAAGUCAGGCCCUGUAAUAAAGAAACUGGACGAGGUGCGCCUGCGAGGAAGGAAACGCUCAAUGGUUGGAUAGAGCAUUAUAUACAUGGGCCUGUGUAAUAUAUCAGCUGUAACAUAUGGAAAACAUAUAUUUUCUUUUAUAAUAAAACAGUGGGAACCCCGAG